AUGUUUCCGGUCAGGCAGCCUUGGCUUUGCAAAGCCUUAGGUUGUUUUGAUUGCUGUGUCCGGUGUAUUGGGGCAGUGCCCUACCCCUCCCUGGUGGCCACCUUGCUGUGUUAUGCCGGCACAGCAUUGUUUUGUGGCUGUGGGCAUGAAGCGCUGGCCCAGACCGAAGUCCUCAUUGAGACGUACUUUGCCCGCAACGCUCAGGACUACGUGGUCUUGGCCUCUUUUAUCAAAUACUUCCAGUACGUGAUCUACGGUCUGGCAUCCUUUUUCUUCCUCUAUGGCAUUCUGCUGCUGGCUGAGGGUUUCUACACUACAAGUGCAGUCAAGCAGACGUUUGGCGAGUUCAGGAGCACCCACUGUGGCCGCUGCCUCAGCCUGACGUUCAUCAUAGUGACGUACAUCUUGGGCUUCAUCUGGCUCGCGGUGUUCGCUUUUACUGCCAUCCCAGUCUUCUUCCUGUUCAACAUGGAGCAGACCUGUCACGACAUCAAUAUCCUGGCUGAGACCACCCCCAGCAUCAAUCAGCACAGCUGGAUUUGCAUGGACGCCAGGCAGUAUGGGCUGCUUCCUUGGAAUGCGAUGCCAGGCAAGUCCUGUGGAAUGACCUUGGCAUCAAUUUGCAAAACCAGUGAAUUCCAUCUCACCUACGACUUGUACAUAGCUGCGUUUGCCGGGGCUGGGAUCACUCUUUUGUCUCUGUUCCUGUAUCUGGCCGCCACCACCUAUAACUACGCCAUCUUGCGAUUCCUGGGCAGAAAAGGAAUUCGCUAAGUGCAACACAUCCGUCUGCACAUUCAACUCUUGAUUUAAAAUCCCUCUUCAAACAGCCACGUCAUGAAUCAUCUGCUGCCCCCACCACCACCACCACCACCACUCCUGACAAAUAACAGAAAAUUACUUUUCACUGUGAUGCACCAACAACAGAGAGAUGAAGAUCAUUCACACCUCGUAAUGAGCCCCGACCUGCUCCUCAAGUCCUCCUCUCAGACGAUCCUCUUCAGUUUCGUUGUUCGUUUUCUUUCUUGCAGGGGUGAACCGCUCGUUUGAUUCUUCCCGUGACGCCUCACUGGUGCUGACUGUGAUGUAUAACGUUUCGUGAAUAAUUAAGAGAAACGACAGCUUG